CACUUUCACGUGUGGAAGUUUUUUAGCUUGCUCUGUGUUUACAAAGUGGCUAACGUUAGCCCGCCGGAGCCCCUGUGGCAACACACACACACACACACACACACACUUUGUUGGAUUAGGAUGUUAAGACUCGCAUGGCGUCGGUCGGCGUUCCAAAGUAGCCACGUUGAGCCUGCGCGCUUUUUGUCUGCGGCUCUCUGGGGACCGGCGGACGGCACGAGGCGGAACUCGGGGGGCAACAUACGGUGUUUGAGGCAAACUCCCCGCCCACCACCACCAACACCAGGCGACAAGUCCCCGCUCCUCCUCCACCCCCAGCCGGCCUGCUGCCUCAGUCCGUCUGUCUUCAUGAGCAUGGCAUCAGGGGAUGGGGGCCCGUCCUCCGCUCCUCACAGACACACCAACAGGUUAGCCAAAGAGAGGUCACCCUACCUGCUACAACAUGCACACAACCCCGUUGACUGGUAUCCUUGGGGACAAGAGGCUUUUGACAAAGCCAGAAGUGAAGACAAACCCAUCUUUUUGUCAGUGGGCUACUCGACGUGCCACUGGUGCCAUGUUAUGGAGAGAGAGUCUUUCGAAGAUGAGGAAAUCGGAAGAAUCCUCAGCGACAACUUUGUUUGCAUCAAAUUAGACAGGGAAGAGAGACCUGAUGUGGACAAGGUCUACAUGACCUUUGUACAGGCUACAAGUGGAGGUGGAGGAUGGCCCAUGAGCAUUUGGUUGACCCCUGACCUAAAACCCUUCAUUGGAGGCACCUACUUCCCUCCUAGAGACCAAGGGAGAAGACCUGGACUCAAGACAGUCCUCACCAGAAUCCUGGAACAGUGGCAGAACAACCGUCCUGCUCUAGAGUCCAACGGGGAGAGGAUCCUCGAAGCUCUGAAGAAAGGCACGGCUGUCGCCGCAAACCCAGGGGAGAGUCCUCCUCUUGCCCCAGAUGUUGCUAACCGCUGCUUCCAACAGUUGGCUCAUUCUUAUGAGGAGGACUACGGAGGCUUCCGAGACUCCCCCAAGUUCCCCUCACCAGUAAAUCUGAUGUUCCUCAUGUCUUACUGGUCCGUGAACCGCUCCACGUCAGAAGGGAUCGAGGCUCUUCAGAUGGCCUUGCACACACUCCGCAUGAUGGCGCUGGGAGGCAUCCACGACCACGUGGCACAGGGUUUUCAUCGUUACUCUACCGAUUCCUCCUGGCACGUUCCCCACUUUGAAAAGAUGCUGUACGACCAAGCUCAGCUGGCUGUAGCCUACAUAACUGCUUCCCAGGUGUCGGACGAGCAGCUCUUUGCGGAUGUGGCGAAGGACAUACUGCUCUACGUCUCCAGAGACCUGAGCGACAAGUCCGGGGGCUUCUACAGUGCAGAGGAUGCAGACUCUGUCCCAGCAUCGGGGGGGGCAGUGAAGCGAGAGGGGGCGUUCUGUGUCUGGACAGCCUCAGAAGUUCGGGAGCUGUUGCCAGAUGUGGUGGAGGGCGCCAACGGAGGUGCCACCCACGCGGACGUCUUCAUGCACCACUACGGGGUCAAGGAGCAGGGCAAUGUUGCUCCGGAACAGGACCCCCACGGAGAGCUGGAGGGCCAGAAUGUGCUGAUCGUGCGUUACUCGGUAGAAUUAACGUCUGCUCGCUUUGGCAUCAGUGUUGAGAAGGUGAACAAGCUCCUGGCUGCCGCCAGAGCCAAAAUGGCAGAAGUGAGGACGAGUCGGCCACGCCCACAUCUGGACACCAAGAUGCUGGCCUCCUGGAAUGGUCUGAUGCUGUCGGCCUAUGCUCGUGUUGGAGCUGUGCUGGGGGACAAGGCCCUGCUGGAGAGGGCAGCGCAGACAGGCUACUUCCUAAAAGAGCAUCUGUGGGAUGGUGAGCGACAGACCAUCCUCCGAUGCUGUUACCGUGGAGACCAGAUGGAGGUGCAACAGAUCUCUCCACCUAUCUGCGGCUUCCUGGGCGACUAUGCUUUCGUCAUUUGUGGCUUGUUGGACCUGUACGAGGCCACGCUGCAGACAGAGUGGUUGCAGUGGGCCGAGGAGCUGCAGCUCCGGCAGGACGUGCUCUUCUGGGAUCACCAGGGAGGAGGCUACUUCUGCAGCGAUCCCAGCGACAGCACUGUACUGCUGCAACUCAAAGAGGACCAAGACGGAGCUGAGCCCAGCGCAAACUCGGUGUCGGCGUCCAAUCUCCUUCGUCUGUCCCACUACACCGGAAGACAGGAUUGGCUUCAGCGGUCCCAACAACUGCUGACGGCUUUCUCUGAACGUUUGACCCGGGUUCCCAUAGCCCUGCCGGAAAUGGUCCGGUCUCUCAUGGCCCAGCACUACACGCUCAAACAGAUCGUGAUCUGUGGCCAGAGGGAUGCCCCAGACACCACAAGCCUUCUAGCAGCAGUCAACUCCCUCUUCCUACCACAUAAGGUUCUAAUGCUCAUUGACGACGACGAGAGUUUCCUGUGCCAGCGUCUGCCCGUCCUCUCCUCCAUGUCACGGCAGGGCGGCGUCGCUACAGCCCACGUCUGCCAGGACUUCACCUGCGCUCUGCCCGUCACAGACCCCCAGGAACUGCGCCGGCUCCUGCGCGACGAGGCCACGGAGAUGCGGGCAGAAUGACGGAGGACUCCACUCUGUCUCACUCCUCUACAGUCGUAGGAGUUGUCACCUUGAGUUGACUUGACCUGUGACUCUUAUUAUUUAUUAGCAACACCAGCUAAAUACUACGUCAAAAACCAACUCAAGUUUAAUCUUCGCGGGCUUUAUGGUUUCAGUUACACAAAUGUCCUUUAAGAGAAUUAUGAAGACAUUGCACACAACGUCCUGACUUGACUGUUAGUCCAGAAGUAAACUGUAGACCUUUUAAUAGACGACAAUCUCAGACUCAGAUGAACUGGGCUCUUGACAUGUGGCAGACGGACAUGUCCACCCUGUCGUCCCCCCGCAGCCCUGUGUUCCAGCUCCCACGUCCACGUCGCAGGGAUCUGAGAGUGGAGGCCUGCAUGCCCCCGGUUGUGUCUGGGUGUAUUUAAAGGGAAAAAGAAAAAAAGGUUGGUUUGCAGGUUUGUAGGUGUCCAUGUACAUAGAUUUUAAGAGUUCAUCGUGUAUGCGUUUGGUUUAGCUUGUAGUAACCUCACAGCGAAGGAGCUGCUCUCCAACAAGCCUCCGUUUACUGUCUGCUCUCACCCUUGUUUGUUUUGUGUGUUAUCUCGGACUCCUCUCCGCUACGGCAGGUACAAGACUUUUAUCUCGAGGUUGAGACGACGACAAUACAAAGGCAUGUAUACGCACAACCCUGAACAAUAAAACGAUUUUCUUUUACAA